CGGGCCGGGGCCUCUCCAUCAUUUGCCAAGAAUAGGAAUAGGACUCGCUCUCCGAUCCUAUCCAUGUCAUCCAAUGGAUACAUCGACGGAAGAUGAGGGACACGGAGACGGAGAGGAUCGAGGGAGGGAGGGACCUCAGCUCAACCAAACAAACCAUCCAUGUGGAUCGGUAGCAACACCGGCCCAGAGGGAAGAGCGGAGGAGCACCUCGAUCACGCACUUGUUGGGGACAAUCCUAGCCUUGCCUAGCCUAGGAUAGGAGAUUUUCUGAUCGAUCGCCCCCUGUACUGCACAUCCUGCCGCACGCAGCUCAUCAUCUGAAUCUAUCGCCGGCCAUUCGCGUCCUGUCCAUGACGCGCUGACGACCACCUGCCUGGCCGUUCCUUCAGGGAACAAGAACGGCGGCACAUUGCCAGGGCACGAAUUGUCCUGAGGUUCUUCGAAACCCAGAGAUUUAGAUCAGGCACACAAUGUCAGCUUCUGAGUUCAGGAUUCCGUACCAGCAAGUUUCUUCUUCACAGCCUGUUGAGAAUGCAAAUCAGUUCAAGACCUGCCGAUGUGGGGAGGGAGACACAUCUGAAACUGGUGACAGCCCGCCAACUUCCUGUCCUAGUUGCCAGAUCCUUAAGAGUGGGCAUUUACUACUUUCAUCAAAAGGAAUUGGAUGGACAUCAUGGAAAAAGCGCUGGUUUGUUCUUACAAGGGCAUCGUUAGUGUUCUUCAGAAGUGACCCUAAUGUACCCCCUCCAAGAGGAGCUGAACCAAUUGUCACACUCGGUGGAAUCGACUUGAAUAGCUCCGGAAGUGUUGUCGUCAAAGAAGAAAGGAAACUUCUGACAGUGUUAUUUCCUGAUGGCCGUGAUGGACGGACUUUCACUCUGAAGGCCGAAACCUUAGAAGACCUUAAUGAGUGGAGAAGUGCAUUGGAAAAUGCUCUAGCACAAGCACCAAGUGUAGCAAAUACAAUGGGGCAAAAUCCAAUAUUCAGCACUGAUGUAGCGGCAGAACCUGCUGAAGCUCCAGCUGAACAGUCGGAGGACAGUUCUGUUAUUGGCAGACCUGCAGAAUUUGCGCUUGUGGACACAGAUGGCAGUCCGGCAUUUCUGGAAAAGGCCCUGAAGUUCAUUGAAGAUCAUGGGGUCAAGGUAGAAGGGAUCCUACGCCAGUCUGCUGAUGUUGAAGAAGUCAAGCGCCGAGUUCGGGAUUAUGAAAAGGGGAAAAAUGAAUUCUCCCCAGAAGAGGAUGCACACGUUAUUGGUGACUGUAUUAAGUAUGUUCUUCGAGAGAUGCCAUCAUCUCCAGUUCCUGCGUCAUGUUGCACUGCCCUCGUUAAAGCAUACCGAACUGACAAGACAAGAAGACUUGAUGAGAUAAAUAGAGUGAUAUAUGAAGUUUUCCCAGAACCAAAUCGACAAUUGUUGCAGAGGAUUCUUAAGAUGAUGCAAAUUGUUGGGUCACACAAGGCUGUGAAUAGGAUGUCUCAAUCUGCUUUGGCAGCUUGCAUGGCACCACUACUUCUCCGACCUCUUCUUCUUGGUGAAUGUGAAAUCGACAAUGACUUCAGUAUGGGAGGGGAUGGUUCAUUCCAGCUACUUCAAGCUGCUGCAGCUGCAAAUCAUGCACAAGCUAUUGUUAUCAUUAUGAUGGAGGAAUUUGAUCAGAUAUUUGAUGACUUGGAAGAAGGUUCCUGUUCUUCAGACGCUUAUACGGAGUCUGAUGAUGAUGAUGUUGAUAAGGAGUAUUCCACAGAUAAUGACAUCCAUGACGACGACGGUUCUUAUGAUUCUGGUGAAGAUGGCAUUGAAGAAGACUUGGAUGACAAUAGUGAGCACUACUCUGAUGGCAGUGAACAUGAUAGCAAAAUCAACGCUAAUGUCAAGGAUGACAAGGUUAAAAACAAAAUUUCAGAAGAUGCAGUUGCACAAGCGGGGGAUACCUCUCAAAUGAAGAUCAAUAGUCGAUCCCAACCAAAACAAGAAACAUGUGGAUCAAAUGAAUCUAAAGAUCACAUGGUAAAAUCGAAUUCUCGUUCAUCAUCUUCCAAAGAAAAAUCUAUGGAGAAAUCAAGCAGCUCAGGACACAAGGGCAAAAGAACCUUAUGGGGCCGUACUUCGGCAAGAAAAGACCUGUCAACGGAGGAGAUUGAAUACUGCGGUGAUGAUGGGACCCUUAUUGAUAAACUUGAAAACACCAAGACAGAUCUCCAAUCGAAAAUUGCAAAGGAGGCCAAGGAAAAUGCAAUUCUCCAGGCAAGUCUAGAAAGGCGGAAAGAAGAACUACGUGAGCGCCGUUUAGCACUUGAAAAAGAAGUUGAAAAUUUGAGAGACCUGCUACAGAAGGAGAGAAAUUUGAGGACAUCCUUGGAGUCUGGGGUAAUGAAUGUGCGAAGAGGGCAGGUGUCUUUGCCAUCAACAAUAGAUAGCAAGACUAAGGCUGAUCUUGAAGAAGUUGCGACUGCUGAAUCUGAUAUUUUGAACUUGAAGCAAAAGGUUUCUGAUCUUCGUGGGCAAGCCAGUGGCCAGCAGCUGUGCUGUGAAUCAUGCAACAAACGGCUCCUAAGUACAGACAGGAUUGGCGGAACUGAAAGCUCCUCAGUGGAAGCAUCAUCAAUUGUCGGGAAUGAUUAUGCAUCUGACAUGGGUGAUGUUGAGCAAUCAAGGAAGCAGACUGCGCAGCAUUCACCUUCUUCAACAGACAAGCCAGGUCAGGAGGUGGUCGGGGGCAUCAGCCAGAGGGCUCCUCAAAGGAUGCACUCGAUUGCCAGGGAGGGCCAAGACGGGUCGUCAUCCGCGUCCAAGUGGACUUUUGCGCAGAAACAAUAUUCAAACAGUCCGCUGAUAUGGGGACUUCACGGAUCCAGCAAUGCUCAUUCGAGUGGCAGGCUAGAGGAAUCUGGUGGAAGCGCCGCUCCAGCAACGUCGUUUGCGUUAGCCAAGCUGACAAACCGGCUCAACUUCCUGAAAGAACGGAGGGCGCUGCUGGCAAGCGAGAUGCAGAACCUGGAUUUGGGUCGGCCGCCAGCAGCUGCCGCUGCUCCAUCAGCCAAGUCCCCAAGCCCAAAAGGGCCUGAGAAGAGGAAAACUUGAGGUCUAUCUAUCCGUCCAUCCAUAGUGCUGUCUGUACAGUACAUGUUUCCACGGAUUUUGUUGCUACAAACUUGCAGGUACAUGUAGAGAUGCAUUGAACGCGACUGCAGCUAGGCAGG